CCUCUGCGGAGGAUAUGACGAGAUUGCCCCUCCUCCUCCCUCUCCUCUCGCCUCGCGCCGCCUCCCCGCCGCGAGCCCUGACGCCGCCACCCGCGCGCCGCCUCGCCGUCGCCGCUGCGGGAGCAAGCGUACAGGACGCGGUGAUGUCGGCGGCCGCGACCGGGGAGUACCCGUGCCCGGUGUCCCCGCCCUACCCGGCCGUCUCCAAGGACGUGGAGCUCCGGCGCGCCAUGACCGCCUCCGCCCGCUCCGGUGCCUACUCCUCCGCCGCCGUCGUGUUCGAGGACGAGUGGCUCGCCGUGGUGGACAAGCCCGCCGGCGUCUACUGCGAGGCCCUCCUCUCCGCCCUCCCUUGCUCCACCGCCUCCUCAGGGGAUCCUUCAAGUAAGCCCAACCUUCACCUGGCAAACAGGCUAGAUCGUGAUACUAGUGGUCUCAUGGUCAUCACCAAAUGCAACAAAGUCGCAGCGAAGCUUGUGAAGGCCUUUACUGAGCACAAAGUGAAGAAAACAUAUCUAGCCCUUUGCAUAGGUUACCUACCAGCAUGGGAAAAGGUUAAGGUAUGUUCUGGUCAUGGGCGAUCAAAACACGGUGCUUGGCGUGUGUACGCUAUGUCUGAUGUUGGCCGAACACUACCAGGGGGUUCCUCUGUAAGGGACAUGAGCACAAAAUUUGAAGUGCUAGGGACAGAUGGUAAAGGCCAGUACAGAGAACCAUCUAAUGUUGACAUUGAUGAUAUAGAGUCGAUUACUGUACAAGAGAAAGCAGCUGACCAAACUUCAAAUGUUGAUGUGAAGAGCCACAUGGUUUUUGUUAGAGCCUAUCCUCAAAGUGGACGAACGCACCAGAUUCGUCUGCACUGCCAAUAUCUUGGGAUCCCUAUCAGAGGUGAUGUCAAGUACGGAGGAGUGAUUGAGUGGAACGGUGUGGACUGUGAUGGCCAUGCGUUGCAUGCAGAGAGCUUAUCAUUUGUACAUCCGGUCACUGGAUUGCCUGUCACCUUCCAAGCACCUCUCCCUUCAUGGGCAAAUGAAAUUAUUUCAACAAUGGGAUGAAAUUCCCUUGACCUUAUUGUGAUGCAUGACCCUCCAGUUCUGCUGAAAUUUUUAAGCAAGACCAGCAUUGAACUGCCAGAAGCACCUCUUGGAGGUCCUCACGAGAACAGCAUUCGUCGGUAACCAUGAAAAGAAGAAUUCUAACAAUUGUUUGCAGCUCGGCAAUGGCUUUCUUGGUGAAGAAUCUUGGACAAAUCACAAAUGUACUUGUUGAAUAGGCUAUCAAAGUACUGGAUUAUUAUUGUAGCCCAGAUUUUGACUUUGGGGAUAUGGCAACUGUAACCAUGAAAUUAAUUUGUUGCUGUGUAGCAAUAUCAAGAUGGCUGUUGUAGCAGUAUUUUCAGUGCUGCAGUUGUAACCAUGCAUAUUGUACAAUUGGGUAUCCAGUUCUUGAGCAGUAUAUACAGAGUAUGUUCUGUUGCACCA